AUACACACACCGCCGCUGGGAGCCCAGCGCUCCUCAACCCGUCCCCGAAAGCGCCCAACAUACGGCGUAGGCAUUCAACCAAUCAGAGCAGAGGCGCCGCCGCCAUGCUUACUACGGGCGGAAAUUUGAAGGAAAGCUUAGCACCGGAAGAAGAGCACUGAAGAGGAACACCGUGCAAUUAGGAAAGUGGACGGUGAUGGAGAGGUCGCUCGACCUUGCCCUCAGUUCAAAUGGCGACGCUAGUUGCUUCACUGACUUGAAAUUGGCGCCAGGGAGUCUUCCUGCGUCGGGCCGCAGAGCGAGCCGGGAAACGAUUUUAAACUGAGGAGGCGCUGUGGGUUGAAUUGCGGCUUCUCAACGGCGGGAUUUCGGAUCUGGCCUUGGUCCCUGAAGGGCUCAGGUGGAGAGGGGCGAGUUGGGACAAAUUGCCCCCUGCCCUUCCCCACCGCGAGCAGAAGCCAGCUCCGCAGGAACGAGGGUCGCAGAGCUGGGUGGCUGGGUCAGCGGAAAUGUCCCUCCUGGGGUGAAGUCGCAGGGCUCACCUGGCGUCGGAGGGAGCGGAGGUCUCCUUACUGAGCAGGGGAUUUCAGUCCUGCCGUAGUUCUGGAUGCAGACUUGAAGAACGAUUCGUGAGGCCGGAAUGGGAGACAGCGUCAUCACGGCAUUUUGUUGACCAUGGAUUCUUGUGAUACACCAGAAUCGACUCCUAGACAAAGUGCCUCCUCAAGGCUUAAAGACUACUUUAUAGGUGCCACUCCUCUGCAGAAACGAUUAGAGUCAGUCAGGAGGCAGACUUCAUUUGUCCCCACUCCACCUCGAAGGAAAAUUCCCCAGUGUUCACAGUUGCAGGAAGAUGUUGAUCCUCAAAAGGUUGCAUUCCUUCUACAUAAACAAUGGACUUUAUAUAGUUUAACUCCCCUAUAUAAAUUCUCCUAUACUAAUCUCAAAGAGUAUUCUAAACUUCUGAGUGCAUUUAUUGCUGCUGAAAAGCAAAAAGGACGUGCUGUAGAAGUGGGAGAAGACUUCGACAUCAAAGUGAUUUUCUCUGCUCUCUUAGGAAUGAAAGGAACACAAAGAGACCCUGAAGCAUUUCUUGUCCAGAUUCUGUCAAAAUCUCAAUUGCCAUCUGAGAACAGAGAAGGCAAAGUGUUGUGGACUGGUUGGUUCUGCUGUAUAUUUGGAGACAGUCUUCUGGAGACUGUUUCAGAAGAUUUCACCUGUCUACCCUUAUUCCUUGCAAAUGGAGCAGAGACUAAUACAGCCCUAAUUGGAACCUGGUUUCAGAAAACUUUUGACUGUUAUUUCAGUCCCUUAGCAAUCAAUGCUUAUAAUCUUUCCUGGAUGGCUGCUAUGUGGACUGCAUGCAAAAUGGACCAUUAUAUGGCUACUACUGAAUUUCUUUGGUCUGUACCCUGUAGCCCUCAAAGUCUGGACAUUUCUUAUGCCGUACAUCCGGAGGAUGCAAAAGCUUUGUGGGACAGUGUGCACACAACACCUGGGGAAGUUACUCAGGAGGAAGUUGACUUAUUUAUGGACUGCCUUUAUUCACAUUUCCAUAGGCAUUUCAAAAUUCAUUUAUCAGCCACAAGAUUGGUUCGUGUUUCAACAUCUGUAGCUUCAGCACAUACUGAUGGAAAAAUAAAGAUUCUGUGUCAUAAAUACCUUAUUGGAGUGUUGGCAUAUUUGACAGAACUGGCAAUUUUUCAAAUUGAGUGAGGCCUUGUGGGGACUAUAAAUUAUGGAUUAUAUACCUUUUUCUCUCUGAUUAUUUGCCUAAUUCUUAUGCUGAGAGGGACUGCAGGAGAAAUGAGCAUCUAUCUCUACAUCUGUUUUCCUUACAGUGCCUUUAGAGUUGCCCAGAUGAAAGCCAAGAAGGAUCUAGAAGAACAAAGAAGGUGGUAGUGGAUGAACCACAGCCAGGUCCUCGUGUAAUAGUCAUGAUGAUCUGGGAUGCCAGUCUCUAGAAAAUGCUGAGUUGUUUAUUUGUUGGCCAUCUUUCUAAAAAAUAUAUAAUGUUUAUUAUGUCAAACUUUUAGGGUUCAAAUGAAAUUAAUAUUUUUGAUUGGGGUCUUUAAAACUUUUAAUCCCUGUUAAGCAUUUUAGACUUACAUUCAGAGAUAAUUUCUCUCUUCUAAAGAUAUUUUCCUAGCAUCAUUUUGCUGUAGAGAACUGGCAAUCAAAAUCCUCUCCAAAGGAAACUAAAGAUUAAUAUACAUUUUUUAAGCCACUAAUAUGCUUCUGUUUUUAAUACUCUUCAAUUCUUAUUGCAAUGUUGAAUUAAAUAUUCGCUUUUAAACUGAAGCAGUGUGUUUAUCAGGGUCUUGGUGACAGAUUUUUAAUUAAUGUCUCAGGAGUGGGAAGUCCUAUGCUUUUUCUCUAGCACAAAAGUUACAAACCAACAAUUAUAUAGAAUUGUACAAAUUGUAGAGUUGAAAGGCACCUGUGAGCCUCUUUUGAGGGCAGAAAUUUUCUUGUUUAACUUUCAUGUCCCUAAUAUUGUUUUAGCACAGUGCUUGGUAAAUAUCUGUAGAUUAAGUGAAUGAAUUUUAACCCACUCUUCCAUUUUACAGAUGAAAACUAUGAGGUUAAGCAAUUUAAGAGACUUGCCCAAGACGUUGUAUCUAAAUCUCUUCUUUUUACUUACUGAGCAUAGGAAGAUUUUGUUUUACUUUAGAAAUAAUGUUUUUCAAAAUCUUGUUUGAAGGAGAGUAACUUUAAUAGGCUGUCAUUCUAAAAACAAAGAUUAACUUUUGGAAUGGGUAUUAUUUCACAUGUAUUAGGAACAGCAGAGGUAGUGGAAAAAGCAGCGGGUUUGGAGUCGGACAUGCAUUCAUUCAACUAAUAUUAAGCUCCUACUGUGCACUUAGAGUUAUAUUGUAAUAGGCAUUUAGCAGUGAAGACAAAAAAACAUCCCUGUCCUGUGGAAAUUAUAUGCUAGUGGAGGAAGGCAAACGAUAAUUUCAGAUGGAGAUAAAUGCUAUAAAGAAAAUAAGGCGGUGCAAUAUGAAAAAGGGUGACUGGGAUGGGGCCUGCUUUACAUACAGUUGUCAAAGAAGGUCUCUCUGAGGGAGUGACGUUUGAGCUGAGUCCUGAACGGUGACAGGGAACUGGCUGUGUGAAGAUCUGAGGAAGGCUGUGCUAGGUGGGUGAAACUGCAGGAGCAAAGGCCAGGAGGUAGGUAAGAGCUUGGCUUAUUUGAGGAAUAAAGGAAGUCUGUGGCUGGAGCAUAGUGAGUAAAGGUGGAGUAGGAGAGGAAGCUGAAGAGGUUGUGCAGCAGGGACUUUUUCCAUGGUGUUAUGUCUCCCAGUUUUUGGCUGGACAUGUGGCUGCCCAGAAUCAAGACAUUUCCGGCCUUCCUGAUAGGUAGGUAUAGUCAUAUGAUAAGUUCUGACCCAUGGCAUGUAAAUGCAAGUGUCAUGUAAAGCUUCCAGGAAUCUUCCUUAAAAAAUAGCGGGGGUGUACUCCUGGCCUUUUUCUUAUUCUUCUUUCAACUUUGCUGCUUGGAACACAUAAAAUGACUGGUACUAUAGCUGCUCUUUUAGGUCACAGGGAUGAGGGACAGGACCUAGGGAUGACGGAGCAUGGCAUGGAAGGAGUUUGUGCCCUGAGGACUUCUUGAAGCUGAACCCCAGUGCCAGCUUUGGCAGUCUUCCUCCAGACUUAUGUGUCAGAGAAGUAAACUUCUAUCUUAUCUAAGCUAUUGUUAUUUUGAGUCUCUUGGUCAUAGCCAAACAUAAUCCUAACUGAUACAGAGACACAAGAUCUGUAUCAUCUGAGUUUUUAUAGAUACUGUGAAGAGAUUGGAUUUUAUUCUAAAUGCACUGGGAAGCCACAGAACUUUUCAGGAGGAGAGUAAUAUGACCCAAUUUGUCUUUUAUAAGAUUUUAUAAGAUAUGAGGGAGAAUGAGUUGUAGGUGGGCAAUAGUGGAAGAAUGAAAGCAGUUAAAAGGUUUUUCGAAAUGGUACAUCCUCUAUGGAGAAGUUAGCUGUAUCUUGCAAAAUUAUGUGUGAUUUACCCUUUGAUAAGCAAUCCCACUUCUAGGAUUCUAUCCUCAAAAUUCACUGGCAAAAAUCCAAAAUGAAGGAUGUAAAAGGCUAUUUAUUACAAAAGUAUUUGUAAUAGCAAGAUGAAAAAACAAUCUAAAUGUCCAUCAGAGGGGGAUUGGUUGAAUAAACUAUGGUACAGCUGCACAAUGAAUUACUACUAUGCAAUUAUGAAAAGGUUUGAGGAAGAUCUCUAACUGCUGUAGAGUGAUCUCUAGGAUAUAUCGUUAUGUGAAAGAGCAAGAUGUGGACAGAGUGUAUAGUAUGCUAUCUUUUAUGGAAGGAAUGGGGGAAAUAUAAGUAUAUGUGUGUAUUUCCUACAUUUUCAAAAUACAGUAGAAAGAUAAACCAAAAACUAAUAAAAGUGGUUACUAAUAGGGGGAAGGAAGGAACUGGGUAGAGGGGACAGCAAUGAAAGUGAAAACUUAUUUGAAUGUUUCUUGUUUAUAGUUUGGAACCAUGUAAGUGUUUUAUAUAAUUAUGAAACAAAAUUAGAUCAAAAAGAAAAAACAAAGCCAUUCUUAAAAAUGGAAAACAAAUGAACUUAACUAUAUUAAGUUCAUGCCAUAAUCACACAAAGAAUUAUUUUUAGUAUCUUUAAAUUUUAGUAUUUUGACUGUACUUUGUCAGUGGGCUAUAUCCUAGCAGCAAAGGAAUCUUAAAUUGCAUUCAGUUAUCUUGUUAUUAAUAAUAUUGGUAUUGCUGUUUUAGCACUAUUUAUAAUAAGAUAAAACAUGUAAUUAUAACAAUGUUAGGAACCAAGAGUUUCAGUGUAAGAGAAAAGAUAUAUAAUUAUAAAAUAAAGUAAGCUAAGUUGAAACUCUGUAAUUUUAAAUUUGAAUUGGAAAUAUCAAAAUGAACUCAUUUAUUCUUGAAAUGCAAAAGAUUUUGAUGAAGUCCAAUUUAUCAAUUUUUUUCUUUUGUUUCUUGUGCUUUUGGUGUUGUAUCUAAGAAAUCAUUGCUUAACCUGAGGUGCCGAAGAUUUACUUCUAUGUUUUCUUCUAAGGAUUUUAUAAUUUUAGCUCUUAAAUUUAGGUGUAUAAUCCAUUUUGAGUUAAUUUUUAUGUAUGCUAUGAGGAAAGCAUCCAAAUUCAGCAUUUUGCAUAUGAAUAUUCAUUUGUUCCAGCACUAUUUAUUGAAAAGAUUAUUAUUUUCCCAUUGAAUUGUCUGUCACCUUUCUUAAAAAUCAGUUGGCCAUAAAUGUUUGAGUUUACUUUUGGAUUCUCAAUUCUAUUUCAUUGCUCUAUAUGUCAGUCGUUAUAUGCUGGUACCACAGUGUCUUGAUUAGUGUAGCUUUGCUAGUGGGUUUUGAAAUCAGGAAGUGUGAGUCUUCCAGCUUUGUCUCUUUUUCAAGAUUGUUUUGGCUAUUCUGGAUCUUUUGCAUUUCCAUAAGAAUUUUAGGAUCAUCUGGUCAAUUUCUGUAAAAAAGUUAGCUCGGAUUUUGAUAGUGAUUGUGUUGAAUCUCUAGAUCACUUUGGGGGAGUAGUGCCAUCAUAAUGAUAUUAAGUCUUUCGAUCUAUGAACAUGGGAUAUCUUUCCAUUUAUUUACAUCUUUCAAAAUUUCCUUCAAUAAUAUUUUAUAGUUUUCAGUGUACAAGUAUUGCACUUUUUUGUUAAAUUUAUUCCUAAGUAUUUUAUUCUUUUUUAUGCUAUUGAGAAUGGAAUUGUUUUCUUAACUUCAUUUUUGCAUUGUUUGUUGCUAGUAUAUAGAAAUACAAUUGAUUUUGUAUGUUGCUCUUGUAUCCUGUGACCUCGCUGAACUUGUUUAUUCUAGUAGUUUUUUCAGUGAAUUCCUUAGGAUUUUCUAUAUAUAUGAUUCAUGUUAUUUGUGAAUAAAGACAGUUUUACUUCUUAAUUUCAACCU